AUGGCUUCCCAAGGCUCGGUAUCAUCACAAAAAAGCAGUCGGAGACGACGAACGCUUAUAUGCAACUGUGGUGAACCCCCUGUACUGAGAUGGUCGAAGACACCAGAAAAUCCCGGCCGGAGAUUUUGGGGCUGUAUUGGGAAGGAGUGCACAUUUUUUUCCUGGGCAGAUGGAGUUGCAGAGACAGAAGAGGCUGAGGUUGCAAGGUUGAAGAUGAAGAUUUCCACCUUGAAGACUAAAUUAGUUUAUGCUAAAUGCAAACUGUUGGUGGCUGUUAUUUUUGGUGUGUUGGGUUGGUUUAUGGUGAUUUUAAUGGUUUAUUUGUGGGUGAAGAAUGGAACCCAUUUGAGAUUAGGGUAUUAA